CCUUUAUACGCACGCAUACGGCAAUAUAGAAUUCGGCGAAAACUUCCAACUGUCUCGAUUCUUCCCCGACACCAAAAGACUUUCAACUUUCUUCUCUACUUCGGACUCUUUCGGUUCCUCGACGAGAGCGAACAGAGGGAAAGGGAAAGGGAAAAAGACCGUCAAUGGCAGCGGUAGAGGUGAGCAACAAGCAGGUGGUCCUCCGGGACUACGUGGAGGGUUUCCCCAAGGAUUCCGACCUGCAGGUGACGACGGGGAUGGUGAGGCUCUCCGUCCCGGAAGGGUCCAACGCCGUGCUGGUGAAGAAUCUCUACCUGUCCUGCGACCCCUACAUGCGGAACCUCAUGUCGAAGCUCGUCGGGAGCGAUAUCGAAUCCUUCAAGCCCGGCUCUCCCAUAGCUGGAUACGGGGUGUGCAAAGUAAUUGAUUCAGGGCACCCGAACUUCAAGAAGGGAGACCUGGUCUGGGGGAUCACUGGAUGGGAAGAAUACUCACUCAUCACUGCACCUGAGACUUUUUUCAAGAUCAAGCACACGGACGUGCCGCUCUCCUACUACACUGGUCUCCUUGGAAUGCCCGGGAUGACUGCAUAUGCUGGGUUUUUCAAGGUAUGUUCUCCAAAGAAGGGAGAGACUGUGUUUGUUUCCGCAGCAUCAGGGGCAGUGGGUCAACUUGUUGGCCAGUUUGCAAAGUCCACAGGAUGCUAUGUGGUUGGAAGCGCCGGAAGCAAAGAAAAGGUUGAGUUGCUGAAGAACAAGUUCAAGUUUGAUGAUGCUUUCAACUAUAAGGAAGAGCCUGACCAGGAUGCAGCUCUCAAAAGGUAUUUCCCUGACGGAAUCGAUAUUUACUUCGAGAAUGUUGGGGGAAAGAUGCUCGAUGCGGUGCUGCUCAACAUGAAGCCACAUGGGCGAAUCGCAGCGUGCGGGAUGGUCUCGCAAUACAACCUCAAGCAGCCUGAGGGGGUCCACAACCUGUUCCAAAUCGUCGUGAAACGGAUCCGGAUGGAGGGUUUCGUGGCCUUUGAAUACUAUCCCCAGUACCCUGAGUACCUUGAGAUGGUACUGCCUCUAAUCAGAGAAGGGAAGAUAGUAUACGUCGAAGACAUAGCUGAGGGCCUCACGAGUGGCCCAGCAGCACUGGUUGGGCUCUUCUCGGGCAAAAAUGUCGGGAAGCAAGUGGUCGCAGUGGCUCGUGAGUGAGCAGGGCCAUGGCCUUUCGCUAUUUCCGGCCCCCAUGAAUCAGAUUGUUGGCUGCUUUCCUUUUUCCCGUUCUUUCGGCAAAUGAAUGUGCCCUGUUGUACUUUGUCUCUGGUUGAGAGUAGCAGAAACUUCAACGAGCAAUAAUCAAUAAUUAUAAUUAUUAUCAUUACUAGGA